AUGCCCCCCCCUUCACCGCUCGCAAUUGCGUCCAGCUCCGUUCAGCGGUUGCUGAAGGAAGAAGCCUCGUACCAUAAGGAGCUUGCUGACCAGGAGGCUCGGGUGAAGACCCUGGGGGAGGAUAUUAAAAACGGCAAGAGCGCAGGGGAUGAGAAUGCUGAGUUUAUGCUGAAGCAACAGCAAACUGCCGUCGAGGAGACCAAGGCUGUCUUCGGACCACUGAAGAAGCGCAUCGCUGAUGCAAUUGCCAAGCUCGAGGACCAGAUUGCCUCCAGCGAAGAGUUGGGCACGCAAGGGGCGGAUGUAGAGCAGGCCAAAGCCAUGCUGGCGCAGGCGAGGGCUGCCUAG